CACUUUUCACUCACUCUACAUGCAUUUAUUGAAAAUAUAGAGUACUCCAAACAAAAACUUGAGUUUUGAAACUCAAGAAACAACUCUUAAAGGUGGAAGUCUUAAUAAAUGAUUAGUGAAAAUUGCUCUUAAUUAUUAGCAAAAAAUAAGCCUAGCAUUGUUGAAUGCUAGGCAGCCAAAUGUCGAUUUCGAGGCAAAAGAGUUGACGUAGUGACACUUCAAACUGACAAGGUGAGCAAACUUUCUCUUGGGAUUGAAGCGUUGUUAUUGUUGCUUGUGAACGUUAUUUUCAACAAGUUGCUAGCUAUCUCGGCUUACGCGCCAUGUUGUCGCCACCUUGUCGGACGGAUUUCCUGACGAUACCUCCCGGCAUUAGUCCGGCGGCAUUGCUUGAUUCAACCAUCAUGCUCCCAAAAUCACUGGUACCUAAUGAAACAAAUGUACCACAAACUUUGAACUACAUUGAUUCAACAAACAAUCAAAUCCCUCAGCAGCAAGAUUUCACCAAGAAACAAAACCAAUUUGAGCAGAGGGGCAUAUUCAGCACUAGCAUUAAUACUAGCAAUUCAUCAGAUGAUGGAUACACAUGGAGAAAAUAUGGACAAAAGCAUGUUAAAGGGAGUAAUUUUCCAAGAAGUUACUACAAAUGUACUCAACAAAAUUGCCCUGUUAGGAAAAAAGUUGAAUGUGCACCAAAUGGACAAGUCAUAGAAAUUGUCUACAACGGUGCUCAUAAUCACCCGAAAACUCAACAUCUUCGACGAAAAACUAUGGAUGAUUCCUAUGUUGUUAGCCAAGAAGAUGGAUCAUCAGUAUGGAGAAAUGAUCAGCAAUUUACAAGUUGUAAUGGACUAGAAAGAGCAUCCUCUGCAUCUGUCUUGUCUGAUGUCUCCGAUCCAAUGUUGUCGAACAAUCCGAAAUCCAUGAAUAUGUUUAAAUCAGAAGGGACUCCUGAGCUUUCUUCUACACUUACUAGUUAUGAUGGUGAAGAUGAAGAUUUUGCCACUCAAGAAGGAACUUUCAUUGGUGAUGGUGACAAUGAGUAUGAAUUAGAGCCAAAAAGAAGGAAGAAAGAAGGCUAUUCAGUUGAACCAAGUUUAUUGUCAAGAACAGUGAGAGAACCAAAAGUAGUCCUCCAGGUGGAGAGUGAGAUCGAUAUUCUUGAAGAUGGCUAUCGCUGGAGAAAAUAUGGACAAAAAGUUGUCAAAGGAAACCCGAACCCCAGGAGCUACUACAAAUGUACAAGUGCUGGAUGCAUAGUGAGGAAACACGUCGAAAGGGCAUCAGAUGACUUAAAAUCAGUAAUCACAACAUAUGAGGGGAAACACAACCAUGAAGUGCCAUCAGCAAACAAGACGAACGGAGUCGCAGGACACGUCCGUUCAGCAUCUACAUUAAAUGGGCAACAACCUUGCACUACAUCUCGAAAAAGUCUCAAAGAUUCAAAUAUCAGAGUGCAAUUUCAAGAUCUACCGAUUCCAUUCGAAAGGAAGCAUUUUGUAGGAAGCGAAUAUUUAAGGCCAAGUUUUGGUGGAAGUUACCUUGACAACUUGAGUUUCGGAGCUUGUUCUUUGCAGCUUCCAGACUUCCCAUUGUCAUUGCCAUUGCCAGCGCGAAUGAGUUUUCCUGCAAUACAGAACGAGCCUUGUCUUGGUGACUUCCAUUUUCCAUCCAAUCCUUGUCUUGCAGUUGGGAAUAUCCAACAUAUUAAUGAUGACAACAAUUCGAGAUUCCUUAAAACCAAAGAGGAGUUUCAGUACUGGACGUAGCUCGGGGUACUGUCUUCUGAUACAUCGUUAAGUAUAGAUUCUUUCAUCUAGUGGAUGCAGGUGCACUCACUUCUUUCAACUUAAAUAAUACACAUAUACAGUUCAAGGUUUAGAAAUAUAUGUAUUUAUCCUAUCGAUCAGGGUGGCACCUACCGAUGCUAUGACACAUGUAUGUUGGAACCAACAAGAAGCUAUAUGGAACAUAAAUUCAACGAAAGGCGAUACCUGUGCAUUUCAAGAACUUGCAACUUGUAUAACAGGCCAAGAGUACUAAUCGGUUACAUGGCCGAGUAAUUGGCCUAAUUAUUUGGUACUGUCAGUAACAUGAACACCAGUCUUUAUGAACAUUUGUUACUCUCGUUUUAUGGCGUUAAUCAAGCAGAUGUAAACGAUUCAUUAGGCAACAAUGAAUCCGAGUGGAAUUAACCUAUUUA